UGCAUUCUUAUUUGGUGACUUUAGUAGAACGGUUAUUUUGAUCAUAAUGAGAAUCCUCUGUAUUAUUGGUCUCCUGUUUAUAACAAUAAUUUCUUUUAACUGUGAGUUUGGAAAUGCAGAAAGAACAGUUGAUUCAAAUUCCACGAUUCGACGAGUCGUGUCGGAGAUCAUGCAGAAGAUGUCUACGGGAGGGAAGUUCGACGUUAAACACGUGAAAGGGCGAAUUCCAAAGGGAACGAAGCGGACGGUUUUGAAGCAAGUUGAGAAUCGGAAAGUCUUGGCAGGUUUGUGGGAACACCCAGUGCCGGGAGCAUACCAAGGAGAUAUGUUUUUGACUGCGGAUCAAGAAUCGAAAUUGCUGAAGUUGAAGGAAACUCACGGAGGAAUACAUAAACGUAAAGCUGUGACGAAUUUCGCAAAGCUGUGGCCAAUAGCCACAGUACCCUUCACCAUUGAUGAACAAUUAGAGUCGAAAACUGAUGUUAUAAUGGCAGCGAUGGAAUAUAUGGAGUCCAUCUCAUGUUUGCAUUUCGUUCCACACAACACGUUGGUAUCUGAAACUCUGGGACAUAAUAGUUUCGUUCAUAUCUUCAAAGGAGACGGAUGUUGGUCUUCCGUUGGUAAGCUAAGCGGUGGUAAACAGUUAAUAUCGCUUGGAAUCGGAUGCUAUUCUCAUGGCGUCAUCCUUCAUGAAUUGUUACAUACGAUCGGAUUUCACCACGAACAAUCUCGACUUGAUCGCGACGAUUACGUACAAAUAAACUGGAUCAAUAUUGAUGAAUCGUUGGCCAAUAAUUUCCAGAAGAGUAACGUCAUUACUGAUUAUCCAUACGACUAUUAUUCUCUCUUGCAUUACGGUAGAAAUAGUUUUCGCACCGACAAAAGUUCUCCGUCGAUUAAAACAGUAAAUCCGCUACUACAGUUCGACAUUGGUGGCGGUAAUAAUAUGACGUAUACUGACAUCUACAUAUUGAAUGACCUGUACAGUUGCAGUGCCGAAUGUCCUGAGACAGACUGUGGAAGUGGUUUUCUUGGUGCCAGAUGCGAAUGUUUUUGCUUUGAAAGCGAUGAAAACGAGCUUGACUGUAAUCAACCACCUGUUGAGUUGUUAAAAGGACGUUUAUUAUUGCAGACAACUGACGAAAUCGCUAACUGUCAGCCAGAAGAAACGUCAUAUAAAACUGGUUUAUUUUUUUUACAAAGAACUGUCUUGACAAUGAAUGGAGAUGAGAUGUACAAAGAAAUCAUCCGUUUAAAGUACGAAACCCCACCCCAAAUAAUAAUGUUCACUAUAAUUGACAAAAAGUGA